AUGCCGCCCGCGCGCCGCCGCCGCCGAACCGCCCCCGCCGCCGGAGACGACGAGUCCGCCCCCUCCUCCGCCGCCGACCUCCUCGCGCUCGCCAUCACCCUCCUCCCCUCCCCCACCUCCUCCGCCGCCGCAUCUCUCAAAACCCCUCCCCACCUCAAGCACACGGUCCACUCCCUCCCGGACGCCCACCCGGUCCUCCUCGCCCUCCCGCAAACCCUAGCCCACGCCAUCUCCCACGACCCAUCCCCCUCCGCCCCCACCUCCCCGCGCGCCGCCGCGGCCGCCCUCCUCCUCCACCUCCUCCUCACCCACCCCACCCACGCACCCCGCUGGGACGACCUCCUCCGCCCGCUAGCCCUGCUCCACGACCGCCUCACGCUCCUCGCCACCUCCAACCCGCCCCUCGCCGCGCUCGCCGCCGUCUGCUUCGAGCUCGCCUGGCGCGGGGCGGCGCCGGGCCGCGACGCGCUCGUCGCGCAAACCUUACCCUACCUCUUCUCCCACGCGCUCACCUCGGGCUCCAACGCCAACGCCCGGCCGCUCCUCCGCCGCCUCUUCGCGCUCCGCGAGGCCCUCCCGCUGCUCGACUACGCCGACGACAGCAUCUCCGACUUCAAGAUGCUCCUGCUGCGCUGCUUCGUGUCCCCGCACUUCCUCAAGGCCGAGGAGGGGCGGAAGCUGCUCGCGCUCCUGCUCGGGGUCAGCGAGGGGCUGGCUACCGAGGGGCUCCAGCUCAUCAGGGCGCAGGUCGGGAUGAUGCGGGGGAGGCGGGCCGCGGUCGUCGCAUACGGGGAGGUGGUGUUCAGAGCAUGGAAGGACGGGGCGUGGGUUAGGGGCGAGAUUGGGGAGCAAUUUCUGCAGGGGAUGGUCGAGACUGCCGUGCAUGCCGCUAACAAGGAGGUGGCCAAGGCUACCAGGAGGAUACUCUGGGCCUUCGUGGAGCAGAAGGCGGUGCCUGGGGUUGAAAAGCUCGUGUUCAGGCUGUGCGAGCCUGUGGUCUUCCGAUCAUUGCAGGUUGCGAACUCUAAUGUUCGCCUUAAUGCUUUACAUCUUCUAUUAGAUGUAUUUCCCCUUGAAGACCCAGAUGUGACAAAGGAUGUCAAUGAUCCUCUGUUGGAGAAGCAGUUCUUCUUGCUAGACAAACUUCUCAUGGAUGACUGCCCAGAAAUACGUGCAGUUACAGUUGAAGGACUUUGCCGUAUUCUUAACCAGUUUUGGGAAGUUAUUCCAUCGCCAACUAUUUCAAAAAAUCUGAGUAAAAUUGUUGAUGAUAUGUCCAAAGAUUCUUGCAAUGAUGUCCGUCUAUCAACUCUCAAUGGCCUCAUAUACCUGCUUGACAAUCCACAAAGUCAUGACAUACUGAAAAUUCUACUUCCAAGAUUAAGCGAUAUGGUCUCUGAUCCUGCUUUAUCUGUCAGAGUUGCUGCUGUAGAUCUCCUUUUAGCUAUUCGUGAUCUUAGAUCUUUCCAGUACAACAAGGUUGUUGGUUUGGACACUUUAUUAUCUUCACUGGCAGACGACCAUCCUCGUGUUGCUCAGAAAAUCACAAAGCUUCUCAUUCCUUCUUACUUUCCAUCUAAGUUGUCUUUGAAAGAAGCAUGUGCUCGCUGCAUUGCACUCAUAAAGAGAUCGCCGGCGGCUGGGGCAAGGUUUUGUGAAUUCGCUCUGUCUGAAGGAUCAUCCUCACGAUCUCUUGUUGAGUUUAUUAAACUCGCUGUUACUCUGGCAUUGUCACCAUCAGGAUUGAAGUCAGAGCAGACUGACGGCCUUAUAAUUGCUUCGGCCAAACUAAUAAAAAGUUUAUCUGAUGAGGGCUCUAGUUUGGUUGGUUUGAGAGAAUGCUUUGCAAAUGCUAAGCUGAAGCUGCUCUUUAAAACUGCAGUUUCUGAUAAUGCCCAGGCUGCUCUUCUCAGUAUGGUUCCAGUAGUGUCACCUGAUGAUCUACGUGUGUUGCAUGCCGAAUGCAUGGAUACAGUUAUAAAUGCUGCUGUGAGUUCCGAGCAGGAAGAAUGUCAGGAAGCAUUGCUGGCAGCACAUAAGUUGGUCCAUCUGAGUGGCUGUUAUGAUGAAAUGUUUGAAGCACUGACUAAUAUUCUGCAAUCUAAAGCAUCUUGUUUUUCUGAGAUCUAUGGAUUAGAGCCUCCAUUGUGCCCUGUUGCAUCUUCAAAGAGGAAGAAAGGGAAGUCGCUUAAGAAAACACCAGCAAGGUCUGACGAUGUGGCUGGAAAUAAGUCAUCCACAUCAAUCUUGAAUAAUGAAGAACUUGCUGCUGUAGGGGGAGCAUCAUGGCAGAUAAAUGAAAUACUAAAAGCUGAAGAAAUGAGAGCUGCUUUUCUGCAAUCGUAUGCCGAAAUUGCAUUUUCUUCUCUGAAGGUCAUUUCUCAAGUGUACAUUGAGCAGUGCCUACAUUUUGAAUCUUUAGACCUCACGCCAGUGUUGGCUUAUUUGAGUUUGGCUACACAUAGCGCUCUUCAGGAUGUUGAUCAAACAGAUAUUGGCUGCUCUGAGUCGACAACUGUCAAUCAGUCACUGGAUCAUCUGCUGAAAUGUUAUGACAAAUUUGCAAAUGGAUCUUCCACCAGCUCAACAACAGCGUUGAACAAGAAUGAGAAAUCUGCACAACAUGAACAUCCGCAGCAUGGCACCCUUGGAGAAAAUUCAGUGAAAGGCACUAUAAAUGUGAUUAUGCUUGGCACUUCAAUUCUUAAGUUCAUUGUCGACACAACAACCAUCAAGCUGGUGCAUGAUAGUAAAGUAAGAUGUGUCAGAUUUGCAUCAUCUUACACAAAAUAUGCAGUUUCAGCCAUGAAAGGGCAUCAUGAGAGCUCAUCUUUCAAUGGGGACGAUCUAAAAGACAUACUGAUCCUUACGAGAAGCUCCUUCACAUACGCAGCCAAACUGCUUCAUUUGGUGCUGGCAGGCUCAACCGAGUCAUCAAGUCCAAGUCCCCUGGAGGAGGCCUUUCUCCUUGCCAAUAAUCUUCUAGAUCUUGUACCUGCUGUUGAAUCCUUUGCAGGCCCGAGAUUUGCGACCCCAUUAGUUUCUGUUGUAAAACAGUGGCUACCAGUCCUGAUACUGGGUCUUGGAUGCCGCUGGUUAAUCGGGGCAGAGAAUGAGAUGGCUAACAUGUGGAACUUGGGUGACUCUGACUUGCCUCUGUGGGUUGUUGCCCUGGCCAAGAGUGAGCUGCUUGACGCUGAAGAAGCUAGAGAGGAUGAUCAGAGCGAGCAGGGCAGCGAACAUGAGGAUUCGCCGUCAUCCAGAAAGCUAGCAGAAAUUAUGGUGAUCCUGCUGAAGAAAGGAAGCCCAAGAAUCCUGGAUUCUGUGGGUGGCAUUUUGGUCUCUGCAAUUCAGUUGGGACUGCAGAGAGCGCAGCACGGUGUCGUCUUAGGCUUGACGCGCUUCAUUUGUGCCAGGCUGCUUGGGAGCGACUCUUCAGCCUCUGAGAAGCUGCAGCUCACUUGUGACUCUCUGCGCGAGAAUUUCUUUGAGAUCGACAGGCAUUGCAGGGACAACCUUGUUGAUGAUGAAGGUCCAAGGCAGCAACUGGAGAGCGCAAAAGUAUUGAUACAGUCAGUCCUCUCCGACCUAUGAUGCAUACAUUCUGGUGAGCUUGACUGAUGCUGUGGGGAGUUAGUUGACCUGGCAACUGUGUAGAUAUAUGGCAAUUGGUUUCUUGAUUCCGGAGCCAAUCCUUUCACUCAAGUGCAGUUUGGAAGAGCGCUAUGGAAUGAGUUGUAAACAGAGCAUUUUGUAAUAGUGCCCUAUGUACCUUUGUUGCAACUGUGCAUGGACGUCUACGUGUAACAGAAAUCGUUAAUUGCACAAAUUUGAAAUCCAAU